AUGAGCAGUGGAUUCAAUCUAGGCCAUUCUCCUCGUAGGCGCGAAACAGAGCACGGUGCAUAUUGUUCAAGUCCUACUGAUGCUGUUGCAGAACGAGCUCAGCAACACGCCUCACACAAAAACCACCAAUCAAUCCAAAAGGGUACACCCAUCCGUGGAGACACCUCAAUCAACAUUGCCACAGCCUUUCAUCAGCAACAGAUGCUUGACGACACUCCACUUACCAAAAGGCUAAGACCGGUCCAACUAUCUCCACAAUGGUCAGACAGAUUCACCAAAAUCUCAAAAGAACACUGGUCAUCGAUUAAUACGAACAAUAACCACAACAAUAAUACUCAAAAUCAUAAUAACGCUAUUACUUCAGCAUCCCAAGAUCAAGAAAUCGAUGCCUUUUUCGGUCACUCAAACACUCCACAACAAUCCCAAUCUCUAUCCCAAUCUUUAUCCACUCCAGAGGGCUGGAACCCUUAUGAAGAAGAAGAAAUGCUAUCCCAACACCCUGAAGAAGAAGCCCGGCGGAGGAACGUGGUAGCCAGCGGAGGAGAGAUUCUGGAUAUUGAUGGAAUUGAUUAUAAUGGCGAACCAGCCAGAACAAAUAAAAAAAGCCAAGCAAAACAAGACAGAGAUGAAGACGACGGGGAAGAUGAAUAUGAUCAAUAUGACGAUAAUCAAAAUCCAGGCGAAUUCGAAUCAAUAAAUCCAGAUGAAGACCAGGACGAGCAAUAUAACGAUGAUAGUGAUCUCGAGGGCGUUGCGUGGAUGAAAUCAAAACUAGCAAAAGUGUACGACAAGGUUCUCUUGAUGGUGUUCGUUCGACUGUUUUGGUGCCUGUGGAUCGUCAAGGAAAUCAUCUCAAGGUGCACAGAAUUGCUUUUACUGAUCGCCGGUCGCGCAAUAAUUCAGCCAUUCACCAAUCUACUCAAAGCUCUUGGAAUCUAUAACCCUUGCCCUGAACCACCUCUUCGAUCAUCCUGGCGAUGGAACCGUCUGGUGCUAUUUAUCCUCAUUCUUGCGGGUGCUCUCAAUGGACUCCUCUCAUCUUUUCCAGACAAUCAAUUCGAACGCACACCAAUCAUCCGUCACGUCCUGGACAAUCAACCCAUCAGGAUCGACAAGUUCCGCACCAUAUGGCCAUUUUUCCACAAAAAACCCUUUCUGGCCGAAUUUAAUACCAACAAAAGUAAAAGUAAAAGUAAUAACAAUAACAGAUAUGAUAAUCAACAAUCACCAGCAGAAACAUCAUUAAUAGAAUCAUCAAUAGCAUCAACAGAAUCAAUACCAUCGCCAUCGCCGUCUCCUUUGGUUAUUCAGGAUCCUGAUUCUAUUCAAGCAUAUAUUUCAAAAGAAGUCGAACGACAAGUCCAAUCAAGACUCCAUCAGGUUCAAUCGAACUCUCGACCGACUAUUGCUACGGUUGCUACGGUUACGGAUGCUACUGUCACAGAUGCUACUACUGCUUCUGUUGGUGCUGCUACUAUUCCUGCUACUACAAUUGCUACUGCUACGGAUGAUACAAUUAUUAUUAAUGGUGCUAAUAGUGAUUAUGAUAACAGUAUCGGAUCAAACUCAGACUCAUUAUUACCGGAAUUACAUUCUUACAUUGACAACCGUUGUGCCAGUCGGACAGAACUCGAAGACUAUGCAGCAGCCCUAGAUCAUGUCCGCCAAGAGAUAAACGACCAACUCAGAUCGACUCUCCAAGAUAUCCCUGCCCAGGUCGAACGCGAGACCGAUCAACUGAGGGCAUCUCUAGAGGUAGCCAAUUACUUGCAAAAUCAUUGGGAAGAAGUCCAGAAGUUACUUGACAACAUUGGAAACAAUCCUCAAUUACUAUCCUCAUCCUCAUCACCAUCAUCACCAUCACAAGACCAACAGCAUUAUAAUCAACAACAAGUCAGACAAAGGCCAGUGCCAUUAAAUCCAUGGGAUACUUUACCAGACUAUGCACUUGCCACCAGUGGUGCUUCUGUGAUCGGUCGCCUGACAUCGUACACCUACACAACUUACCCACAACAUCCAGCCCUGCGGCAGAUUGCGCGUCUGACAGGAAUAGGCACCCGCAAUUACUAUGCGCCGGUUGUUGCCCUGAUGCACGGAACCGAGCCGGGUGCGUGCUGGACUAUGAGUGGGGCCCAAGGUACGCUGGGAAUCCAUCUCAGCCAGCCUAUUCUUGUAAAACACGUGACGGUCGAGUUCCCACCCCCGACCUCGUCGACUGUCAAUCGUACCACUUCUCCACGAGAAUUCGAAGUCUGGGGACUACAAUCGAUUGGUGGAAGUCAAACGAAAAAUAGUGGCAGUAGUUUACUCGGCGGCGUGUUUGGACCAGUGCGCUUUCCGUGGGAUUAUCCGAACCCAGACUCUACUCUGUUGGGAUCAUUCGAGUAUGAUAUCGAGGGAGCUCCUAUCCAGAUGUUUGAUGUCCCAUCUACACAUUAUCUUAUAGCCCAGGCCGUGCUGAUCCGCAUCAGAUCGAAUUGGGGACAUCCCGACUAUACUUCACUAUACAGGGUUCGGAUCCAUGGUUACCCGGAAGAAUAA